AACUAGGACUCCUGGGCCACGGACUGAAUGUGCCAAGGCUGUGGGUGCGUCCCAGGGGUGCUGGCGCUGACCUGUCUCUCCCCAUGCAGGUGUGGGUGAGGAGAACCUCACCAAGCUGAUCCAGCAUGCCAACAUCCAGCAGCAGAGCAACAUCAUCCACAACAUGCAGUUGCUGGGCACCUCCCUCACGCCUGGGAGUGGGCAGCUGCGACCCGAGAGGAAGCUGCGGCUGGAGUCCACCUACCAGCUCUCCCGCUGGACCCCCAGGCUCAAGGACGUCAUGGAGGAUACCAUUGAGGACAAAUUGGACAAGAAGCUGUGGCCCUUCGUGUCAGACCCGCUCCCUGCCGCCAGCCCCCAGGCUGUUGUCAGCGCCCGCUUCGGGCAUUGGCACAAGAACAAGCCAGCGGCCGAGUACCGGACGGGCCCGCGCCUCAUCAUCUACGUGCUGGGUGGGGUGACCAUGUCUGAGAUGCGCUGUGCCUACGAAGUGACCCAGGCUACGGAGGGCAAGUGGGAGGUGGUGAUCGGUUCCAGUCACAUCCUGACCCCCAAGCGCUUCCUGGAUGACGUCCAAGCCCUCGACCAGGCAGCCCCCGCAGAGGCCUAGAAUCAGCCUCCUCCCCCCAGAGACUCUGCUCCCCACAGCUCGCUGCCCCCAACUCCACCUGCUCUUCUCAACAAGGCACCUUCCCUCCCUACGCCUGGCAGCGGUGUUGGUUCUUGAGGAAGUCGGGGGGAAGGGACCCCCAGGCUGCUUGGCUGUUGGGGCAGUGGGCAGGCUAGGCUCCCUCCCUCUGGCACAGGGUCCUAGGGCUGCCACCCUCUGUGCCCUGUGGCCACCCUGCACCCGGUGGGGGAGAGUCAGGCUUUGUUAUCUACGAGCCUCAGCCAUUCCUACCUACCCUGCCUGGGACCCAAAGGACAGCCACUCCCCCAGCUGCCAGUGGUGGGGGUGUGUGCAGAGGCUGCUACCAGCAUCUGGCUUGGGGGGAGGGGGGGAUGAUCCAGCCGCUGAGCCCUAGGCUGUGUCUGUCCAGUCUGCAAAGGGUUAAAGAGAACCCCCCUUCUGCCCCCAUCUCAUCCCCCUUCACCCAGCCCUGGCUCCCUGCACCCUGGCCUCUCGGCCCUGUCCCCUCACUGGGGACCUUGGUUCCAGAAGGGGGGAGGGGCCCUAGUAGGAGUUGCAGCCAGCUGGGCCCGUUACCUGGGCAGGGCCACCCAUGGACACCUGAGAUACCUCAGUAACGGAGGGUGGUGCCAGGACUGCAUAGAAGGCACGUCCAGGGUGUUGCGCAGCAGUGGGGCAGAGCUGGGCUGCACCUACGGCUCCACAAGACGCAGGCUGGGCUCACUGCCCCGCCAGGCCUGGAUAAAUGCCCCUGCCCAGUGGCAGACACCUCCCCAGUGCCUUUCCCUGGGUAUCAGUCACCCCCUGGGCACCUGGAGCCCUAGCUCCAUGUGGGGCACCCAGCUCCAGCCCCCGUGGGUCUGACCAAGCCCUGAGCCAAGCCUCGCCCCCUGCAUCCCUCGGCCCCUAGAGGUCCCCUCCCUCUUGCCCGCCAGCCGGGCUGUGCUGAGGCAAGCGUUGGCAGGAGUGACCCCAGGUAAAAGCGAUGACCUCAUUUACCGGGAGUGACCUCCCAGAGCUAUUAAAGACGUGUGUAUUUUCCGUGCUGGCCCUGCCCCCAGGCUACUGCCCUGCUGGGCAUGUGUCUGGGCCAAUAAAGUGUGAUGCCAAAGACUG